GCGCCUCGUCUCCUCCGCCCCGCGCCCUGCGGUGCUGCAGCUGCGGGCGGCUCCAGCUGCCCCCAGAUGUGGGCUGGGCGGCGCGCGGGGAACUUUCGCGCCGGCUGCGAGUGCGGGGCCGCGGCUGCAGUCCGGCUGCCAUGGAUCCGCCGGCGGGAGCCGCUCGCCGCCUGCUCUGCCCUGCGCUGCUGCUGCUUCUGCCGCCGCUCCUGCUGCCGCCACCGCCCGCGAACGCCAGGCUCGCCGCCGCCGCCGACCCCCCAGGCGGGCCCCUGGGGCACGGAGCGGAGCGCAUCCUGGCGGUGCCGGUGCGCACUGACGCCCAGGGCCGCUUGGUGUCCCACGUGGUGUCGGCGGCAAUGGCUGGGGCGGGGGUACGAGCCCGCAGGGCUGUCCCGGUUCGGACCCCGAGCUUCCCCGGAGAUAGCGAGGAGGACCCCGGCAGUCGCCUCUUCUACAAUGUCACAGUCUUCGGCCGAGAUUUGCACUUGCGGCUGCGCCCCAACUCCCGCCUCGUGGCUCCUGGGGCCACUGUGGAGUGGCAGGGUGAGACAGGCACAACGCGCGUGGAGCCCCUGCGUGGGACUUGCCUCUACGUCGGGGACGUGGCUGGCCUAGCUGAAGCCUCUUCCGUGGCGCUCAGCAACUGCGAUGGUCUGGCUGGUCUGAUUCGGAUGGAGGAGGAGGAGUUCUUCAUUGAGCCCAUGGAGAAGGGGCUGGCGGCGCAGGAGGCUGAGCAGGGCCGCGUGCAUGUGGUGUAUCGCCGGCCGCACCCCCCUACACCCCCUCCUCUGGGAGGGUCACAGGUCCUGGACACAGGGGUAUCCCCUGCCAGCCUGGACACUCUCAGCCAAGCCCUGGGCAUCCUGGAGGAGCGCAUCAAUGGCUCCAGGCGGCGGGCACGCAGACACACUGCUGAUGACGACUACAACAUCGAGGUGCUGCUGGGCGUGGAUGACUCUGUGGUCCAGUUCCACGGGAAGGAGCAUGUGCAGAAGUACCUGCUCACCCUCAUGAACAUUGUCAAUGAAAUCUAUCAUGACGAGUCCCUGGGGGCCCACAUCAACGUCGUCCUGGUGCGGAUCAUCCUGCUGAGCUACGGGAAGUCCAUGAGCCUCAUUGAGAUUGGGAACCCCUCUCAGAGCCUGGAGAACGUCUGCCGCUGGGCCUACCUCCAGCAAAAGCCGGACACAGGCCAUGAUGAAUACCACGAUCAUGCCAUCUUCCUCACACGGCAGGACUUUGGGCCUUCAGGCAUGCAAGGCUAUGCUCCUGUCACCGGGAUGUGCCACCCUGUCCGCAGCUGCACCCUGAACCACGAGGAUGGCUUCUCCUCAGCAUUCGUGGUGGCCCAUGAGACUGGCCACGUGCUGGGCAUGGAGCAUGACGGGCAGGGCAACCGCUGUGGUGAUGAGGUGCGCCUGGGCAGCAUCAUGGCGCCCCUGGUGCAGGCUGCCUUCCACCGCUUCCACUGGUCACGCUGCAGCCAGCAGGAGCUGAGCCGGUACCUGCACUCCUACGACUGCUUGAGGGAUGACCCCUUCGCCCAUGACUGGCCGGCGCUGCCCCAGCUCCCUGGGCUGCACUACUCCAUGAACGAGCAGUGCCGCUUUGACUUCGGCCUGGGCUACAUGAUGUGCACUGCGUUCCGAACCUUCGACCCUUGCAAGCAGCUGUGGUGCAGCCACCCUGACAACCCCUACUUUUGCAAGACCAAGAAAGGGCCCCCCCUGGAUGGGACUAUGUGCGCACCUGGCAAGCAUUGCUUUAAAGGACACUGCAUCUGGCUGACACCGGACAUCCUCAAACGGGAUGGCAACUGGGGCGCCUGGAGUCCAUUUGGCUCCUGCUCACGCACCUGUGGCACGGGUGUGAAGUUCAGGACCCGCCAGUGUGACAACCCACACCCGGCCAAUGGGGGCCGCACCUGCUCAGGCCUUGCCUACGACUUCCAGCUCUGCAACCUGCAGGACUGCCCUGACUCCCUGGCCGAUUUCCGCGAGGAGCAGUGCCGCCAGUGGGACCUGUACUUUGAUCACGGCGACACCCAGCACCACUGGGUGCCCCACGAGCACCGGGAUGCCAAGGAGAGAUGCCACCUGUACUGCAAGUCCAAGGAGACCGGGGAGGUGGUGUCCAUGAAGCGCAUGGUGCAUGACGGGACACGCUGCUCCUACAAGGACGCCUUCAGCCUCUGUGUGCGCGGGGAAUGCAGGAAGGUGGGCUGUGAUGGGGUGAUCGGCUCCAGCAAGCAGGAGGACAAGUGUGGCGUGUGCGGAGGGGACAACAGUCACUGCAAAGUGAUCAAGGGCACGUUCACACGCUCGCCCAAGAAGCAUGGUCACAUCAAGAUGUUUGAGAUCCCUGCAGGAGCCAGACACCUGCUCAUCCAGGAGGUGGAUACCACCAGCCACCAUCUGGCCGUCAAGAACCUGGAAACAGGCAAGUUCAUCUUAAAUGAAGAGAACGAUGUGGAUGCCAGCUCUAAAUCCUUCAUCGCCAUGGGUGUGGAGUGGGAGUACAGGGAUGAGGAUGGCCGGGAGACACUGCAGACCAUGGGCCCCCUCCAUGGCACCAUCACUGUCCUGGUCAUCCCCAAAGGAGACGCCCGGAUCUCACUGAUGUACAAAUACAUGAUCCACGAGGACUCGCUCAAUGUCGAUGACAACAACGUCCUUGAAGAUGACUCUGUGGUCUAUGAGUGGGCCCUGAAGAAGUGGUCUCCCUGCUCCAAGCCCUGUGGUGGAGGGUCCCAGUUUACCAAGUAUGGCUGCCGCCGGAGGCUGGACCACAAGAUGGUGCACCGUGGCUUCUGUGCUGCCCUCUCAAAGCCCAAAGCCAUCCGCCGGGCAUGCAACCCACAGGAGUGCUCCCAGCCUGUGUGGGUCGCAGGCGAAUGGGAGCCGUGCAGUCAGAGCUGCGGGCGGACAGGCAUGCAGGUGCGCUCCGUGCGCUGCAUUCAGCCGCUGCACAACAACACCACCCGCUCUGUGCACACCAAGCACUGCAAUGACGCCCGGCCUGAGAGCCGCCGGGCCUGCAACCGUGAGCUCUGUCCUGGUCGGUGGAGGGCUGGGCCCUGGUCUCAGUGUUCGGCAACCUGUGGCAAUGGCACCCAGGAGAGGCCAGUGCUCUGCCGCACUGUGGACGACAGCUUUGGUGUCUGCCAGGAGGAGCGGCCUGAGACAACGAGGAUCUGCAGGCUUGGCCCCUGUCCCCGAAACAUCUCUGACCCUUCCAAGAAGAGCUACGUGGUACAGUGGCUGUCCCGCCCAGACCCGGACUCACCCAUCCAGAAGAUCUCGUCAAAGGGCCACUGCCAAGGUGACAAGUCAAUAUUCUGUAGGAUGGAAGUCUUGUCUCGCUAUUGCUCCAUCCCAGGCUACAACAAGCUGUGCUGCAAAUCCUGUAACCUGCACAACAACCUCACCGGUGUGGAGGACGGGCUGGAGCCGCCGCCUGGGAAGCACAAUGACAUUGACGUGUUCAUGCCCACCCUCCCAGGCCCCACUGCAGUUGUGGAGGUGCAGACUUCCCCGGGCCCCCCCCAGGAGGUCCCUCUCAAUGCCUCCAGCACCAAUGCCACGGAGGACCACCUGGACACUAACGCUGUAGAUGUACCCUACAAAAUCCACGGCCUGGAUGAUGAAGUCCAGCCGCCCAACCUGAUCCCUCGACGACCGAGCCCGUAUGAAAAGACCAGAAACCAAAGAAUCCAAGAGCUGAUUGAUGAGAUGCGGAAGAAAGAGAUGCUUGGAAAGGUCUAAUAAAGUGGAAAGAUAGCAUCCAUAGCAUUUUAUUUUUCUUGCUUAUAGAGAUAUUCCAUGGGAUAGCAAAUCCUCUAUCAUGAAGAUGAAGCCAAAAUUCCUGAUUCCAAAAGGUUUUGAGAAAACAAAGAGGAGUGAUGUAAAAAAUGUGGGUGUGAGCACAUGGCGACUAGGCUAGCAGGUGUGCUUCCUGCGAUGGAGCUGGGUGUGGACGGGAGAGGAGCACAGGGGAGGGCAUGAGGGUGACUCUGGGAGGAAUAAGCUCGCCCCACGUAGUCGAGCAGGGAUUGGGACUCUUUCUCUCCUUCGUGGUGAUGUGGGACAUUUCCCUCCUGUCCUCAGAUCCAGGUACCUAAUAACUGACCAGCUGCCAUGAUGGGCACAAGGAAGUAGAGGUCAUGAACUCAAACACCCACAUGGGCCAGGUAGGUGACAAGGAUGAGAGUAGUAGCCAGCUGGGGACUGUGACCAUCCGGAGAGCCACAGCCACCGAGACCUGAUUGUUGGUUCUAAUCGUUGCUGCCACUGUGAAGUCUGUAUCUCUCUUCUCCACUGGCCCUGGCCUUGCCAGGCACUGUGCCUUUUCAGAAGAAGUCUAGAUUUUCAUGUGAAAAAUACAAUCUUUAAAAGUCUACUCAAAAUAUUUUAAAAGAGUGUGGGAGUCUGGUAAGCUCUAGUCUCCACUACCUCUAGUCUCAGGCUUGCUAAUUGAGGACUGAAAGUCAUCUGACCCAUUUGGUGCUCAUAUGGUACUGCAUCUGAACGUCUUGACCUAGCCUGAAGCUGCCUGGCUGUCCUUCUCACCCGGGAAGUAAUGAGAGUCCUGUAACUGGAGACAUGACGAAGACACUGGCCUCUCCCAGCCUCUCCCCUGCCUCCCUUCUCUACUGACCCUGGCCUUGCUGGUACCUCCCAGGCUCUGGUGGAAGAGCCCCACAUUCUCCUCUGACCAGCCUAGCCCCGGGGGUCCCCAGAGAGCCUCCUCCCUCCCCAGGUGUCCCAAAAGAAUGAGGGAGGCACAUGCUCUGUUGGGAGAGUUCAGUGAGCAGCCCAGGCCCAGGGAUCUCCCCCCCAUCCCAGAGGGGCUGGGGUGCUGCCACUGGCAUGGCCACACCUGUGGGUUCCCAGACCCUGAGCUCUGUGGACUCCUCCCUGCUCCUGGGCCAGCUUCGCCUGCCCACAGAGGACAGGCUCUAGCCUGCCCCACCUCACUUCUGUCCCUUCCAAGUUUCAGAACCCAGUGGUGACUGCAAGGCUUGGCCUCUGAUGGGAAGCUCGGGGUGGAACAUGGAGAGAACAUGCUGUAUCUUCUGCUUUUUCAGAAUUUAAUGACUUGUAUUUUUAAAAGCAAAAUGGUGUUUUGUGAGCAAGAUUCAAGUAAGAGAAAAAUAGGAGGAAAGGCGGAGUGGAGAUGGAUAGGAGGAGGGUGGCUAAUUGUUACCUCUGAGUGCAUUGCUGUUUUAUGAACAUGCAGCUUAAACUUCCCCAAAUUAUAAGACCCAGGGGCAUGUUAGUUCCUUAGCUGGGUCUAGCCUGACACAUCAUUCUUAAGUUUUUCAUGUCCAGGAAACUUCUAGAGGCUGUGUAUUCUUACUCACUUUUGUUUACUUCCCCAUCAUAUAGAUGAGAAUACUGGGGCUCAGGAUCAUCCCUAAUGGCUACUUUCUAAAUUGAGAUUUGUGGUGCUGAGAAUGUUUGUCUGAAUCUGUGUAUGUGUGUGGAUGGGUCUGUGUGUAUGGUCUGAGGAACAAGGAGAGGGUUCAGGAACCAGCAAGAACAGGAUUUGGGAUGGUGCUUCACCUUCCAGCUGGGGGGUGAAUAGUCUCCCCCCCCAACCCCACCCCGCACAUGCUUGUGUACUGUCCUGGUCUCUCCCAAAGAACCAAACUGGAAAAAACCUUUUGACUAUUUCUCACAAUAUCAUAUCUUUAACAAGAUGUGGUCUGGAGCACUUCUGCAAUCCUGCCUCUCUGUAAUUUGGAAGGGGAGCCCAUGGCUUUCUAUCAUUUGUUGAACCCAGGACAGCUGGUGCUAUUCACGGGCUAAAGAACUAGACAGUCUUGGUUUGGGUCUGUCCUAGAACCUAGGAGGAAGUUUAGGACUAAUGCUAGUGGAGAGUAUUGGUUUACCCAGCCUCAGGAUGGGAGUGAUUCAUUCCAAGAUCUAGGGCUUAUGUCUUGCGGCUGAAAGCUUUUGGGAAGAGACCCUGGUGGCUCAUUCCCUGUCUCUGAAGGGAGCAAGGUCACUCUGGGGACUGUAGGCCGGUGUGGCUGUGGCCUCAGGUGCCAUCAAUGUGUUGAGUCUUGCAUCCAAAGAGAUCUCUAGAGCUAGAAGGUCCUCAGAGGUCUCUCUGUCCAAGGAACUCAAUGUUCAUUGAGAAACUGCAACUCUCCACUGAUCUGGGACUGGUUGGAGAACCAGCUGAGAAACAGUCCUGACCUUUCCCAGCCAGGUUCUGAAUCUGAGGGCCUCCUGGUGCCUGGAGGAGGCAGACAAUGUCAUCUUGCUGAGUUUCUAUGACCACAAUGAGACUCAGGCCAUCCAUAGCACAGGAAGAUUUGCUGGGGUGCCCGGGAGUUCCUCCUCUCCUCAUUCGUGGGCAGGCACGCGUGUUAGAUUUUCGGAUCCAGCUCUCUGACUUACUCCUUUUGGGAAACCCAUGGAAUUUCAUGUAUAAGCCUUUCAUUUGUAUUUUGAGGUAUUUUCUUUGUUUUGAGUAUAUAAAUGGUGCUCAAUAGCAACAUCUUGUCAGAUGAAGCAUUGUGAUUCUAUUUACUCCUGCACGCAGGCAGCCACGGUACUGAAUCAUUAAGGUGCUGAAUGAGAAUCAAAAUUUUAUCUUACUGAUAACAACAAUCAAUACAUAUUUGUUCUGUGUAGUAAACUUUGAUUCCUUACUUUUAUAACUUAUUAAAGUUAAAAUGUCUGUGUUUUUGCAAAUCA